AUGAAAGACAGGAACGAUGAAGCUGGUUCCAACCGUUUGCAGCAGACUAACAAUGGCGGCACUGAGCCGAACGAAAUACCAACCUCAAAUGUCGAAAUGGACAACCACACACCCGAGCCUCAGAAGUCAGUAAAUCUCAAGUCAGCCCUUGAGGAUCGGGAUCUCAGUCGUAUCGAUCAAAUCUUAAGGGAAAGUCCAAGCCUCGUAUACAGGCCGUUGGAUGGGAAAUCCAAAGAAACACCUCUACACGUCGCUUGUCGAAAGCAAUGGCGUGAUGGUGUAAUGCACCUCCUCAAUCGACGGGACAUCGGGAAGUCUUUCGAUCAGGAGGAUGCGCAGGGAUUCCUACCUCUUCAUCGCGCGAUCGACGGAAACUUGGGGUACGGAGACAUCCUUAAGCCCUUGAUCAAGGGGUUGAAUCCGAGUGACCUAAAUUCAACAACGAAUGACAACGACACUGCAAUCCACCUGGCUGCAGGAGUUGGCAAUGCAGCCGUGCUGGAGAAAUUAUGCCGUAUGCUGCCGAAGGAUGUGAUUGAUUCCAGGAACAAUGCAGGCGAUAUUCCGCUGCACCUGGCAGUUCGCAAUGGCCAUCUCGAGGCUGUGAAGACGCUGUUAGCUGCUGAUCGGUCAGAUGGAACGAUCCCCAUUUUGUAUCGAGACGGCAACCAAGACACACCUAUACAUGUCGCAGUUCGCCAAGGGCAACCGAAAAUACUCGAGGAACUCCUCAAAGAAUGGAAUUAUAAGGAGCUGGUAAUUUUCGACAACUAUGAACUACGAGAUGGAGGAGGCAAGGCGCCGUUGCAUAUAGUUGCCGAAUUGGACAUAGAGGAGGAGAAGGCGGUAGAGCUGUUACUCCAGAUCCUGGCGAGGUGCACAGAGCCAGAUCUUUUGAAUGAGGUUGAGCCAAGCAUAGGAUGGACUCCCCUGCAUUUUGCGGCCAGCAGAGGCCAUGCAUGGAUCGCCAAGCUUUUGCUUGCAAAUGGUGCCGACAAUAGAAAGACUGAUGAGCUUGGGUUUUCCGCUGCUGAAGUCGCUCGCAGGGAAAAUCAUGUCGAAACCGCCGACUUGAUUAGCCGAUUUGAUCGACGAAGCUUCCGACCAGGGCUUGAAAUCGAUGGGAACAAUGUGAAAGUUGACGACAACUUCUUGGCAUUGAGUUGGCCGAAGUGGGACAAGGCUGUUCAACAGCAACGUAGGGCGCCAACUCGACUGUGGCCACAGCUGACUCCAGUCCAUCAGUUGAUCUUCAAUACUAACGAUACCUAUCAUAAGGCUCAAUCCAUCGAUCGGGGGCGAGAGGAAUCUGUCACAGUGACUUUUGGCAGACCGGGGAAAGAGUCGGCGGAAACGGCGGAGGCUGGGAUCAUGCUUGAAGCCAUUGAGCUUGCGCCCAUGCACCAGGCUCAAAUCCGCUUGUCUUCGUGUGUGAAUGAAGGUUGGAUUAUGGAAGAGAAGUCCAAUUACCAAAAAACCCACAUCCUGGAGAAAGUGAUGGAUGCACACACGCAAAGUAAGAAACGCGCUAGCCAGAUCUAUCUCUACGAAUCCAGCGUGCUUCAGGACAAGGAUCGAUCAACACGAUGGAUACACUUCCCAGCAAACAAUAGAGAUUGGAUCGAGGAUCUCUGCAGGUGUAUGUACUCACAUGGAUCGUUGCGCAGCGAGGUUAUUGGAAUUCUCCGAUUCAUUGAGGACUGCUUCCAGGAAGUAGAGGGGUCUCAGAAGUACUGGUACCGCAAGCACGGCUUUAUUUCCCAAUUGCUUGAGAAGAUCACGGAUCCGCCCCCAAAAGAGCCCCUAAUAUACUCAGGCGGGCAUGAUACAGCGGAGCAUCCAGAAGCGACGUCUCGGCACGAGCCUGCUGCAACCGAAUCUGGAUACGCGAAACAGCCAGAAGACAAAUAUUCUGCUUAUUCUAUAGUGUUCCCUUUGCUCGAUAUAGACAUGAUUGACCCGGGGUUUCGCUAUCCACUGGAUCCGGGCAUUGAGAACCGGUACACUGAUCCUCAACGUAGCCCAACGGAAACGAGCUCGCAACGAGCGAGUCGGAUGAGUUCCUUGAGCCAUGAUCUUGCACCGUUGAUGGGCGCUAAUCGACAAAAAGUACAAAACCGCUGGGCAAAUAACAUGGAUACUCUCAGGCAGAAGAAGAGAGUUCAUUUGUCUCGAAGUCUCGAUCAUUACUGCCAUCAGCAAGUUUCGGGCAAGGAACUCCAGAAACGUGUUCAAGAUCAAGUUCUUACCAGGUUUAUGAAGCGUCGGCUCGGCCAGGAAAUGUCGCCGACGGAGAAUUCAGAAUCUAGCCCCCUGAGGGCCUUCUUGAGGUUGUGUUCAAACGUGGUCAAAAAACUACGUUCGUCCAUUACAGAAUCUCGCGAUUUACUUCGCCCUACCCUGUCCUUAGAGGAGGGACUGGAAGGAGGCAUAAGAGCAAGAGAGACAGCUGGAAUUACGACGAGGCUCAAUGCCGCCCUUUCGCCAUGGCAAAUUCUGGUUGUACCUCAGCUAUGGCUAUGGAAAUUCGACAACCUGGUUAUUACUGCUUUUCCGGAGAGAUGGGGCACAGACCAUCGCAAUGCCCUUCUGGACGCCAUACGGGAGAGGGUAGAAUAUCUUGAUGUCGAUCGCGAAGUUCAACCCAAUAGGCUGGUGACCGAGAUCCUGAAUGCGUGUGCAGAGUUCAAACCGACCUUAGAUGUUGGAGAGCAGAGGCACACAUGGACAGACGCAUUUGAUGAUGAAAUUCUUUCAGUGAUCCAUAUCAUUGUGCUGAGUGGCUUACAACAUGGACCCAAGUCUCGGGAUAUCAAGGAUUGCUACUCUCACUUCGAAGGCAAUCUCGGCAUGUCUGCAGAGAAGUUUUCCAAACAAUUUGUCACCCCGACAAAAUGCCUCCGAUCCAUCGACGACGUACUGGACGAGUUGACCAGUAUCAAACGCAUCUUCCAAGAUCAAAUACAGGUUUGGGAGAAGGUGCACAGUGGUGAUAACUCAUGUGCGGUUUGUCGUGGGAUCGAAUACAGCCGCGAAGACGAACGCGGGGAGGAACCUGAGGAGAAUCCCAAGAAGGAUCGCGAAAUAUGUGUACCAAACGUGUUACCCAAACGAUCUUUAGAGCUUGUUGUGAGACUGGAGGAAGACGCACUGAAAGUGCGAGAGUCGGCGAGUAUUUCUUUCGUGGCAAGUCAUGGCCGACUGCUUCCAGCGCUGACAGCUUAG